AUGGCCUCUGCAGGAACGGGGUCACCUGAAAAGACAUCGGUAUCUGUUGCACUUCGAAUACGACCACUAACAAAUGAGGAUUUAAAAAAUCUUCCGACACGAUUUCAACGCCAGGUUAUAGCGACCUCGCCGUUUGUACCAAACCAAGUUAUUAUACAUGCUGAUAAGAAACUAACGUUUUCAUUUGACAACGUAUUCGGCCAAGAAGCCACGCAAAAAGAUGUUUUUGAAAAAGCGGUUGUAGGUUUAGUGGAUAAAUUCAUAGAAGGAUACAAUGCAACAAUCCUCGCGUAUGGUCAAACAUCUUCGGGUAAGACACACACAAUGGGUACUGCCGAUAAUGCCAGUCAGUUACCCGAAACUAAAGGCAUUAUCCCAAGAGCUAUGGCGAAUCUUUUCUCCUCGAUAAACUCGACGCAAUAUAGAACGCGCAAGUUUGCAAUAAAAGUCUCAUUUAUAGAGAUUUACAAUGAAGAUCUGAUAGAUCUGCUGGGUGAACGAGAUGGGGAACAGAGACCGCAAAUUACAAUAAGAGAGGAUAAUAAGGGAAAUAUUUUAUGGAGUGGUCUGCAAGAAUUCCGAGUUAAUUCUGUGGAAGAAGUGAUGGGGCAUUUAGCUCGAGGAUCGCUAAAUCGACAAGUCGGUGCUACAGAAAUGAAUGUUGUAUCAUCUCGAUCGCAUGCAAUAUUUUCAGUAACAUUAACUCAGCAGAAAUUUGUUCCAGCAAACGGAGGUUCUGCAAGUCCAAUACAUAAUCCUCCAACACCCUUAUCAGCUACUAUUCCUUCGUCAACUGUACCACGAUCAGCAUCAAGAUCGGGUUCUCGAAUGAGUAAAAGACUUGACGAGGGAGAUUGGGUCUCUGUUUCGAGUAAAUUCCACUUUGUUGACUUGGCUGGUAGUGAACGGCUAAAAAGAACUUCUGCGAUAGGUGAACGCGCGAAAGAAGGAAUUUCUAUAAAUUCCGGCUUACUUGCCUUAGGAAACGUUAUUUCGGCUUUAGGUGAUCCAUAUAAAGCCAAACAUCAAAAACACAUUCCAUAUCGGGACUCAAAACUGACACGUUUAUUGCAAGACUCUCUGGGUGGAAAUGCACAGACUCUAAUGAUCGCAUGUGUAUCGCCGGCUGAAUACAAUUUAAACGAAACGGUGAACACGAUAAAGUACGCCAAUCGUGCACGUAACAUAAAAAAUCAAGCAAGAGUUAACGAAGAGGAAUCUGGCUGGCAAGAUCUGGAGCAUUUGCAAAGCCUAGUAAUAAAGCUUCGAAACGAGAUUAGGGGAUUAAAAGAAAAUGGUGUUGGCUCAAGAUCUGCCUCUAGAGCCGAAUCAAUAACCUAUUCAGGCCGAAGUACUCCUAUAAAUGGAUUUGAAUCACCCACUCACACGCGACAGCUAUCUAAUGAUGGUCCUGUUCCUUUUGCCAAUGCCAAAGACAAGGAUGUUGGACUGCUAGAAGAACAGCUCAAGCAGUUACAACAAUCUUACUUUGAGCUCUCGCAAAAAUAUGCUAAGUCUAAUGCCGAACUUGCAAAACAUCAAGACAAUUUCGAUGGCGUUAAUAACCCUCAACAAGCCUUAUCAUCUAUCGUAGAAGAGGAGGAGAAAAAUUUCAUGUUAAGAGCUACCGACAGUUUCCAAGAAGCUGUAGAGCCUGUGAUCAAGGAAUACGAAAUUUCUAUCACGAAGUUGGAAGGCGAAUUAGCAUUUUCUCGUGCUGCUGUGAAGUAUAACGAGACCAAGAUGCUAGAACAAGAGAAUAAACUCAAAUACGCAGAGGAAUUAAAUCGUCGAAAUGAGAACUGGAUCAAAGACCUUUCAAUGAAAAUAGUAAAGAUAACCGAAAGAGAGUCGACAACAGAACGAUAUAUCAAAGAUCUUGAACAAAAGCUACAAGAACAUUCUACGGACCAACAAAAGGAUCUAGAGUUGAUUACGGAAUUGCGAGGCAAAAUAACUCAACUCAAGACAAGUGGUGCAAAAAAUGAAAAUUAUAUUCAAGAUCUUGAAAUGCGCCUUGUUAAAAGCGAUGAACAAAUUGCCGAACUUUCUAAAUCGGCUGAGGAACUUGAAAAAAGGCUGCAAGAGCGAGAAUCAGCGUAUAAAGUAUUACAGAAUAAAUUGAAACAAACAGAAGAUGAUACGGAUCGAAUAAAACUCAUCAAUGAGAUCAGUGAUCGAGAUCGGCGAAUUACAAUGCUUGAGAAAAAGGUUGAAGAUCUUGUUUAUGAGAUCGAUAAACUGAGGAAGUUUACGGAUCAUGAUCAUGAAACGGUUCAUGAGGGUUCCAUCUCGACUAGUUCUUCUCCAUCUUUUGAAGAUACUCCCUUCUCAACCCCACCAAGCUCAAACACUCCUACGCCGGUGGGUGCUAUGUCUGACCGUUUCGCCAUCGCAGAGCUCGAAUCAAAGCUAUCUGAACUUCAGAAAAAGCACAAUGAAGUAUUGUCUGCUUUAACGGAGCUCAAAGAAAAAUAUAACGAAAGUCUUCGUGACAAUGAAGAACUUCAUCAGCUUUUAAACGAAACUAAACUUUUAAGUAUCCAUGUAACUGAUUCGGAACCAAAUACCCCUGGCUUAUUUCCUAAUGAGUCCGGAUCCGACUCUCUUACCGAUUCCUUGAAACUGCAUCGUAGAGCCAGAUCCCUAUCUAACGAGAUUAAUGGUAGUGAUAAAGCAGAGCUUGUAAGUGCUGUUAUUGUUCAAAAUUUAGAAAUUGAAUUGAAACAAAUGGAGAUGCUACAUGAUGAAAAGACAAAAGGUCUUGAAGAUGUUAAGCAAGAACUUGCUCGACUUGAGAUGAAUCACCGUGAAAAUCUUGAAAUUGUUGAGGAACUUCGUGAUGAAAUCAAGAAACGUGACGAACUUGCGCAAAUCGAGGUUAUGUCGGUUCAUGCGGCUUCAGAAUAUACUGAAGGAAACUUUUGUGGGUAUAGCGGAUUUUCUGCUACAACCAGCGAAGUCGACCAACUUGAUAUUGUCCAGCGUCUUCGAGAUGAAGUCGAGCAACUCAAGGAUGAGCAGCGCCGUACUAUGGAAGUUCUUUCCGAACAUCCAAGGAUUGCUAAAAACGACCAAGUCUUGAAAUUGGAGACGGAAAUCGAGCACCUAAAAGCCGAAUUACAAGUUGCUAGAGAAGCCAAAGAUGAAAUUGUGGAUUAUAAUGUGGAUUCAAGUGAAAAUUUGGAUAACCUCAAAACGGAUACUAAGGAACAUGUCAUUGAGCUUGAAGCCAAGGUAAAAGAGCUUGAAGAAAAACUUGAAGAAGCUCAUGAAAUUAAACGCCAAGAAAACGUCGCUGAGGCUGCUGCACGACUUGAAGGUGUUCCAAUUCAAAUUGAAGAAGUCAAAGACGAAGAAACAACAUCAGAUUCAAAUGAUGAGUCCGCAGCUCUUCAACAACAAAUGGAAAAACUUCAAGGUUUAAUCGAAGCAAAGAGUCAAAUUAUUGCAACUUUAUUGCUUCCUUCUGUCGAGCAUCAGAAUACAAUUCGAAGAUUAGAAGAUGAGUUACAACAAACUCAAGAAGCACUUCGUCGAUCUAUAGUGGAAAAGAGAGAAACUAGUGAUGCUCAAAAUGACGAAACAAUCAAAACCUUUGAAGAAAAAAUCAAAGAUCUUGAUACACAAAUUACAAAGGCGAAAGAAGCUCAACAUGUUCCUACACCCCGAAGUUCCAAUAUACAUGUCAGUGAUCCGAUGAACAAAAAUUUAGACGCUUUAUACGAUAAACUUAAAGUUUUACAAAAGGAACUGGCAGCAAAAGUAGAGACAAUUCCGAUGCUAAAAGAUGAACAAGAUCUAGUCAAUACUCUUCAAGAGCAACUUGACACAUUAAAAUCAGAUAUUAAACGUAAAUACGAAUUAAUUGAUAUGCUUAAACGAGAUCUGGCAGAUAAAAGUCUUUUGCAGCAACGAUUAAAGACAAAAGAAACCGAGGUUGAAAGUCUCAAAGCUAAAUUAACAGAAGUUCUCAAAAAAGAAGAAGCAAUAGCCCUUGAGAUUAAUGAAUUGGAGGAUCAAUUAGAAUCAGAAAUAAACGGUGGUAAUUUAGAUCAGCUUGAUAUAAAAAAUCAAAUAUUGGUUCAAAAGAAAUUAAAUAUUCGUCUUCAAUCUGAACUGGAUCAAGUUAAAGAGGAACUAAAGGCUGCUCUAGCAUCCAGAGAAAAUCGUUCUGAAGAAACUGAAGAAUUAUCACAAUUAUUAACCGAUACAUUACGGCAAAGUGAUGAAAACGCUCAACGAGCAGAUGAACUCGCACGUGAACUUGAAGAAUUGAAAAACGGUUCAAAUAAAGAUGAUACAAUGGAUCAAGGUCGUAUUCUUGAGCUGGAACAAGCUUUGAAACAACUAGCAGAUAAAAACAAUGAAAUUAAACAGCUUAAACAACAAGAAGAACAAUUUCAAAACGAACUUGUAUCUUUUGCCGAUGAAUUUUCAAAAGCUGAAUUAAAAUAUGAGGAAGCUGAAGAAAUUUCCAGACAACAAAAACUUCAGAUUGCUGAUUUAAAAGCUGCCCUGGAGGGAGCAAAAAAUUCGAUUCCGAAAGAAAACACACAUGGUGAAGACGACAAUUCCAAUAUACAGGAUUCCAGUUCACUAAAUCCUACACUUUCAAAACUGAAGACUGCUAAUGAAAAACUGAGAGAUACAAAUGACCAGUUGACUGCCAAGAUAACAGAAGCAGAGAAACAUAUUGCGACAUUGACUGAAAAGACAAAGAAAUUGGAAAAAGAACUAACAGAUACCAAAGAGAUAAAUGAAUUACACGAAAAAAUUAAAGAACUCGAAGCCGAAAAAGAAGGAUUAGAACAGGCCAACAAUUCAUUCUUUGAAGAACGUGGCAGACUUGACCAAAGAAUCGAAUCUUUAAUGCAGCAAUUGGAAACAGUUGGCGCUGGUGGAAACAAGGCAGCAGCUACAAUAGCUGAACAAAAUCAUAAAAUAGUUUCUCUUGAAAAAGAACUCGCUUCUUUGAUUCAAAGGUCGAAGGAAGAAUCAGAUGAAAUGGAACAAGAAAUCGAACGGUUAUUAUUGGAAAAUGAGGAAAGAAUUGCUCAAGAAAAAGAAAACGAGUUAAAGUCACCUGGAAGUGGCACAGAAAUUGAUAAUUUACAAUCAAAGUUGACAGAACGAGAAAAUAAACUCUCACAACAAAAUUCACUCAUUAAAUCUCUUCAAGAGAAAAUUUCUGAAUUAGAGCAGAGAUCCAAUGACAGUGAUACUAAUUCAUCUCGUGGGGCUCCACAAAACAACAAUGUGGGAGUAUCUGCAGAUCCCGAUGCAGUCGACAGCUUCAGAAUGUCAACAUUAUCAACAUCUUCAAAUUCCUCCGAUAUAAUGAGGAAGGGUUCGUAUCGACCGACUAUUGCAGGAAACCUUGGUCCAGGUACUCCCUCGAUAUCUGGCUAUAGUACUCCAAUUCCACCUCCACCACGUUCCCCAUUACCACCACGCUCUGAAUCUGCAAUGUCAAAAACAAACGUGUCAGAUACAAACACGACACGUGAUGAUCUUGCACAAGAAAUUCAAAAACUUCACAAGAAGAUCGCAAAAAUGGAAGGUGAAAACAUUCAAAGUCGACAACUCGUUGAAGAUCUAAAAUCAAAACUUAGUGACUCAGAGACAAAUGUUCGAGUUGCAACACAGCAACUGGGUGUACUGCAAAGCGAAAAACAAGAUUAUGUCGAGCAAAUCAAGACAUUACGAAAACAACUUGAUGAUGCAAGACAUGCUGUAGAACAUACAAAGUCAACGGUGGAAGAAGAAAAGAAGGCAUUGGAAAAUUGGGCUUCAGAAAUCCCAUACAUCAAUUCACUGGCAUUUCUUCUUUGGUAG